UAGAAAUAUAGAUAAAAAUAAGAUUUAUCUAAAGAAGAACUCUCAUCCAAGUUGGCAUGAAUUGGAAAAGAAAUUUAAGUUGGGGUAUGGACGUAAAUAUGAUGAAGAUAAAGACAAAGCAGCCGAUAUGAAAGCUUACAACAUUGAAAAUUGUGAAUUUAAAGUUUUUGAACGAGACAAUAUAUAUGAUGCCAUCAAGACGAUUUCAUCCAAUGAUGAAUUGGUUCGAAACAAAAGGUUAUUUUUAAAAGCACAUGCAGAACAACAUCAAUU